CAGUGCUGUUUGUUUGUGUCAAAGCAUGCCUUCAAUAGCAUAAUAAACAUAUGAUUAGUAAUUGAUUUUUUUUAUAAAAGUCUUCAUUCAGUGAUUAUCACCUCAAUUAUGGCCACUAUUAAAGUGUUUAGUGGUCUACUCAAGACAACAACUCAUCCAUGUCUUAAACCGCACUCCAUUUCAAUCUUCAGAAAUGAUUUCAACUUAAGAGACAAUUUAUGGCAACAGAUCCGCACUAUAAAAGCUCCGGGAAAGAGAAGAGGUCUCAAAUAUAUAGCGAUUCGGUCGACACCUAAAGAGUUGCCAUUGGAUCCCAAUGAGGUCAGUCAGAGGCCAUCUAAUGCACAAUCGGCAAUACCGACCGAUUUGGCUGAACUACGAUUCGCUUACCCGGAAUUCCUGCCCAAACCGGUGGUCGAUCACAGAGACAAACUCUGUGAACAAUUGAUGCGAAAAGAUCUGAUCCGACGGCGUAAUGUCAUUGAAAUCCCUGAGUUUUACGUGGGAUCUAUAUUAGCGGUCACUAUUAGCGACCCAUACGCACCGGGAAAGAUAUCUAAGUUUGUGGGUAUUUGUAUCGAAAGAGCCGGUCAGGGAACUGAUGCCAAUUUUACUUUACGUAAUCGAGCCGAUGGACAGGGAGUGGAGAUAAGAUAUGAUUUAUAUAAUCCGACUAUACGUGAGAUACAAGUACUUCGACUUGAGAAACGACUUGAUCCGCAUUUGUUAUAUUUGAGAGAUGCAUUGCCUGAAUAUAGUGAAGUACCAUUUGAUAUGACACCUGACCCGCCACUACCAUCGGGUACACCCGUUCCGUUAAAUGCAAUUAAAGUAGUAAUGAAAAAGCAUCCCUGGACUCGCAAGUGGGAGGCCGUAGACCUACAGGGCAUACAACAGUUAACAGAAUUGCCUGACUUUGAAUAUAUAAACAAAUGGCGCGUAAAGUCUGCUUACGCUAAGUAUGAUCUCAUGAAAGAGUAUAGAGAGACCAUUCCUGAAGAGGAACAGUUAGACAUAUUAAAGGAAAUUCAAGAACAUAAGGAUAAAGUAGCAGAGGUCAGGGCUAUCGAGAGGCGCAAGAAAUUGGUUCAACAGACCAGCAAAAAGUCAUAGAUUUUCAUUACAUUUGAUAGAAAGAUAAGUUUAGUUGAUUUAAAUUUAUAUUUAAUAAUC